AGGUCAAUUAUUAUGUUAACAGAAAUAAACAAAAUUUAUAAUUUUACAAAAUACAAAGUCAGUUGUCUUUUCAUCCAAUAAUCGAUGCGUCCGGAGAUUUCCAACAUGGCAGCUUCCAUGGAUAACGUGACUUGUGGAGAUUUUGCCCAUUUUCAGGACGCGCUUAAAGUUGUGCGUAUGAUAGAUGAUAAAAUUAUUUAUGCACUUAACACAUCCGUACCCACCACUUCAUUUAAAGGACAGAUCAAUGCAACUGAAAAAUGUAAACAGCUCUAUGAAGAGCUGAUGAGUGCUUAUGACACUAGGGAUAGAGCUAUAAAAAGGUGCAUUCGAGAGGUGUCUGCUUCAGUAAACACACAACGAUCAGCUAGAGAGAAAUCUCCUGAUGAUUUCCAGAUUAUUAAAGACCUACGAAAAGAGCAAACUAAGUUACGACUCCUUCAGUCAGAAUUGAGUAUUGAAGAAGUUGUUAAAGACCGGUCACUUAAGGUGUUUCAUGAACGAUGUCGCAACCACUACAUCCCACCAACUCAGAAGGAUCGCUUAUGACAUUUUAAAGAGCAAUAUACAGUACCACAGGCUUGAAAGAUAGAAACGCCAGAAGGCCUACACCUCAGUCCCAACCAUGGUUGGGGCGGAGGCAAGAAUAAUUUUGAUUAUAGCACCCCUAGAUUGCCAGAAAUGUUACUCGGACUUAAAUUUGAAUAUAAUUUUGAAAAAUUUAGGGGACCCCUUGAAUCCACCAGUAACAGUAACUACAUUUUUAAGAUCCAUGGUUAUCAAAUUUAUGAAUAUUUUAGUAACAAAGAUGCAAAAAGAAAAUCUGACUAUAUUUUAAAAUUGUUAUCUUUGGGCAACACAAUAUGUUUUUGGCCUUAUUGUAUUUUAUUAUGGCCAAUUAUCGAUUUCAUGUUAUUUUUAUUUGUUUUAUGAUAAGUGAAAUAAAUCGAAUUGAAUACGUUA